AUGAUAACCUCAAAGUUGCUGAGGCGGCUCCAUUCGACAGGAGCUUCACAGCACCUGUCACGACUUGAAAGACUGAGACGUAUACCGGUGAGGCAUUUGAAAGACUUUCUUACAGACUCCUAUGGACGCAAGCACGAUUAUCUUCGCAUAUCCAUCACCGAACGAUGUAAUCUUCGCUGCGUUUACUGUAUGCCUGAGCAAGGUGUCGACUUGUCGCCACCAGAACAUAUGCUCACGACAGAAGAAAUAGUCAAGCUGGCCGGUCUCUUUGCACAGCACGGAAUACGGAAAGUUAGAUUGACUGGCGGAGAGCCGACGGUGAGGAAAGAUAUCGUUGAGCUUGUAUCUAAACUCAAUCAAAUUCCGGGUAUCGAAGAGAUUUGCAUGACAUCUAAUGGCCUGGCACUCCACCGAAAACUACCAGAUCUCUUCAAGCAUGGGUUGACAUCGCUCAAUUUGAGUCUUGAUACUCUGAUCAAUGGUAAGUUUCUCUUAAUUACGCGACGCAAUGGACUCAGCGCAGUAAUGCGAAGCUUGAGAACAGCUCUUGAAUUGGACAUUCCCAAGGUGAAAAUCAAUGUGGUAGUGAUGAAGAAUUUAAACGAAGAUGAAAUACUGGAUUUUGUUCAACUCAGCAAGAAUGACAAAGUCGAAAUCCGAUUCAUAGAGUACAUGCCUUUUGAUGGAAACGAAUGGUCUACAAGUAAGCUGGUCUCAUAUGAAGACAUACUAUCCAAUAUCAAAGUUAGAUAUCCUAAUAUUCGAAGACUGCCUCAUAAACACGGAGAAACUGCCAAGGUCUACCAAAUUCCUGGAUUUAAAGGAAAAGUAGGUUUCAUAACAUCCAUGACCUCGGACUUUUGCAGUACCUGUACACGCUUGAGAAUAACUUCUGACGGAAACCUGAAAGUUUGUUUGUUCGAUAACACGGAGAUAUCUCUGCGAGAUAUGCUUCGUGCUGGAUACAGCGAUGAUCAAUUGAUGCAGCGCAUCAGUGAAGCGGUGAAGAAUAAGAAGGAGAAACAUGCAGGAAUCGAUGAACUAGGAACUCAACCCAAUAGGCCGAUGAUUUUGAUUGGAGGAUGA